GACUUCAACAUUCCAAUCUUUUCAUAAGCCUGGUUUCCUAACUCUCAGAACUGCCCAAGAUGAACCAAGAACGCAGCUAUGCCUCGUUCAUAUUACUAUCACAUUGUAUUUGAGCUAGAUCGCCCGUCGAAUGAACCCAACGCAUACAUUCCUUCACCUGGGACAGACGUCUUUGAGGCGGAUCUGCCUGCGCACGGCGUGACGCCGCUAAAAACUGCUUCGAACAAUCGCCCGGGCCAUAGAAGAGCUCAUACGGAUGCGCACGGUGGUAUCGAUCACUUUUCAACGUCAGCCGUCUUUCCAUUGCUCUCUACCAGCUAUAAAACGAUAGAAUCAAGGAUUCACACUGAUUGGCGGUACGGACCUAUAUCGAUCGAAAGCAUAGACAUGGAUCGGAGUUUGUCUGCUCCCGGAGGCUCGAGCAGGCCGAGAGGAAAGUCUAUGACCCAGAACAGCUCUUCUGGCGGCUCUUCUAGUCGGUCCUCUGGCGGUGGGUUAGCAACGCGAGCACGAUUUAUUCCCGCGGAUCCAAAGAACACGGAUAUUGGUUAUGGGGUUGUGCAUCUGUAUCGUGACGAGGAAGAGACGCCUGGCUUAUACGACGAUACAUAUUCCUCUAAGAUCGCGGAAAAUUAUGCGUCGGGCGAGUUCACUCAGGAUCAGUGCUCCACAGUCUGCAUUCUUGCCGUACCAUCCUAUAUGAUGCCGUCUGAUCUGCUAGGCUGGGCUGGCGAACAGGCACACGAGGAUGUCAGCCAUUUCCGGCUCGUGCGGACAAGUAAAGUCAAUCGCUACAUGGUGCUGAUCAAAUUCCGCGAUCCCAAGAAAGCGAGGCAAUGGCUUAAAGAGUACAACGGCAGGGCCUUUAGCAGCAUGGAGCCCGAAUACGCGCACAUAGUCUUCGUACAAUCCAUUACCUUCCAGUCUGGAGACCAGGCAGAACAGCCAUCUAGCUUUCCGAAUAUGACUGACGAUCCUUUUAUACCCAAAACGCAACCGUCUAUGAAGACAUCGGCAGUCUCCACAACAACCGACAACAGUCUUGCCGCGGCACUAACGACACGUCCCCUCGCACCCCCACCACCAAAUCUCGUCGAGCUUCCGACAUGUCCUGUAUGCCUGGAGCGUAUGGACGAGACCACAGGCUUAAUGACCAUCCUUUGCCAGCAUGUUUUCCACUGUGAUUGUCUAUCCAAAUGGCGAGGUUCUGGCUGUCCUGUAUGCCGAUAUACUCAGAACGGCUCCCUGCCUGGCACUCUCCGAACUCCAACAACCUCGCCUGAAACAGAGAACGUCUGCAGUGUCUGUAAAUCGGAUCAGAACCUCUGGAUUUGUCUUAUAUGCGGCAAUGUCGGAUGUGGUCGCUAUGACUCUGCACAUGCUUUCGCCCACUUUGAAGAGACGGGUCAUGCAUAUGCUAUGGACAUAGCUACACAGCAUGUAUGGGACUACGUGGGUGAUGGAUACGUGCAUAGACUUAUCCAAAACAAAGCGGAUGGAAAAAUGGUAGAUCUUCCUGAAGCGUACGGCAAGCGUAUCGAUGGUGGCAUGAGCGCUUUAGGCGCUGAUAUGGUCCCCCGCGAGAAAAUGGAAGCCAUGGGAAACGAAUAUGCCUAUCUACUGCAAAGUCAGCUUGAGAAUCAACGCUCCUACUUUGAGGAUCAGCUUGAACGGGCCUUAGAGAAAGCUAGCAAAGCUGCAGCCGCAGCAGACAAAGCCACUGCUGCGCUGGAUGACAUGAUGAAUGCAUUUCAGCAACUUCAAUCGCAAUACAGUGAGGCCCAGAGCAGCAUCAAGUCUCUCGAACGAGAUCUCGAGCGCGCAACCAAGAAGGCCGAGAAGAUGGAUCAACUAGCUAAGAAACUUGCUAAGGAUUGGAAAGAAGAAAAAACUGUGAAUGAAGGUCUUCUUGAGAGGCUAAAAGUCCUGGAUGCUAAGAUUCAAGCGCACGAUAGCGAGAAGCAAAAGCUUGAAGCUGAGAAGCGGGAGCUUGAAGAACAGAAUCGUGAUCUUAGCUUCUUUAUUAGUGGGGCGAACAAACUGCAGGAGUUGAAAGAGCAGGGCGAGGACAUUGACGGCCAGAUCGAGGUGGGAAGCAGUGUUGGGAAGGGUAAGAGAAAAGGAAAGAAGAGAUGAAUAGCAUAGAGAAGCACCCGAAGAUGGGCGGCUCAAGUCUCACGGCGGCUCUCAAAAACCUGGCGUGCUGGAUUAGGACUUGAGCUACUGUUUUUUAACGGUGUCUUGGUCUUUUGGCGGAUCCAUGCACAGCAUAGUAUUGGCGUUUGCUCAUAUUGAUACCCAAACAAUAGAAAUAUCAUGAAUCUGCACCGA